AUGGAAGCAGAAAGGAGGCGCCAGGCCGAGAAGCCAAAGAAGGGACGAGUCGGCAGCAGCCUCUUGCCGGAGAGACACCCGGCCGCUGGGACCCUGACCACCAUGGUCUGGUUCCAGAACCGCAGAGCUAAGCAACGGAAGCAAGAGCGCUCACUGCUUCAGCCCCUGGCCCAUCUGUCUCCUGCCACCUUUUCCAGCUUCUUGCCAGAGUCCCCUGCUUGCCCCUACUCCUACGCGCCACCACCACCACCAGUGACCUGCUUCCCUCACCCCUACAGCCACGCCCUCCCCUCCCAGCCCUCCACAGGAGGUGCUUUUGCUUUGCCACACCAGUCUGAGGACUGGUACCCCACCUUGCACCCAACCCCUGCUGGCCAUCUGCCCUGCCCCCCACCCCCUCCCAUGCUCCCCCUCAGCCUUGAGCCAUCCAAGUCCUGGAACUGA